GGAAUAUCUCCUCCGUGGUGUUGUCUGUGACUUCUGAGACCUCAUUGACUAUGUCGGCAGUAUCAGACCGUCUAGUACACCACUAACUGAUAAAAUCUUUGUUCUAUCAACGCCAAGCAUUUUGCUUCUUUCUAGGCUCAAGAGGAAUCGACCUGAAGCUCCUCCGCUCGGUGCCACCUUAUCUUUCAUUGGUGAAGAUGGACAAGUGUCCGGGCAGGCGGGAUUGCUGAUAGCAGCCCGAGUUGCCUUCCUCAUGGCGAUCUUGAUUAGAGUUUACAACGAUCAAAGUAUGGCCAUGGGAUACUCAGGCUAGUCUGGGGGUGUUCGUAUAAAGAGGCUUGAGGAAGCUCGCUGAGAAGUAGGUCCUCACCUGUCCUGCGCCAAACCGUACACAUAGCCGAGAUUCAACCAUGUUGGUCAAUCUCAAAACCUAUCUGAAAGGCCAGGAAUCAAGGCCCGGGGAGGCCAAACUGCUGCGAAAGCUGGAUUUCUUCAUCCUCUCAUUUUGUUGUUUGACAUACUUUUUCAAUUACCUAGAUCGCUCCAACCUAUCUAACGCGUAUGUGUCGGGAAUGAAAGAGGAGCUCAACUUCCAAGGAAACCAAUUGAAUGUUAUCAAUACCAUUUUUACUGUCGGCUAUAUCCUCGGUCAAAUACCCUCGAACUUAGCAUUGACCUAUAUUGCUCCCCGCAUCUUUUUCCCUACCAUGAUUGUGAUCUGGGGCGGUCUUACCAUGAUCACAGCCGCCGUGCACAAUCCCCAGGGCAUCAUGGCUAUUAGGUUUUUCUUAGGGUUGGCGGAAUCCAGUACCUUCGCUGGAACCCAUUACAUUCUCGGGGCUUGGUAUACCGAGAAAGAGCUGGGCAAGCGGAGCGGCAUCUUUACUGCCUCCGGACUCGCCGGUACCAUGUUUGGAGGCUUCAUCCAGGCAGGCAUCCAUUCAUCGCUCGACGGAGCCCGUGGACUAUCCGGUUGGCGAUGGCUCUUCAUCAUCGACGGACUGAUCACCCUCCCCAUCGCACUCUACGGACUGUUCUUAUUCCCCGAUACUCCUGCCACGACCCGGGCGCCAUAUCUCUCUGCUUCUGAGCGAGCUUUGGCUAUCUCCCGUAUGCCGGAGGCAAGCGCAGCGAGGUCGCGCUUAGACAUGGCCUUUGCGAAGAAGAUAUUCGGCACCUGGUACUGGUAUGGUUUCGUCAUGCUCUGGAUCAUCGCCGGUGAGACGGAAUCCUUCUCAACCAACACCCUGCUCGCACUCUACAUGAAGUCCCACCCUACCAAUAAAUAUACCGUCUCGCAGUUAAACAACUAUCCAUCGGGAGUGCCCGCCGUGGGGAUUGUGUCGACCUUAUUUUGGGCUACGUUAACCGAUUUUAUGGGCGGGAAACGCUAUCUGGUAGGGUUCUUUAUUGGAAUCACCGGCAUUAUCACUUCUGCACUUAUCCUGACGCAGUUCUCCUCCACCGCCACGGUCUUUGGAGCCUAUUACUGGGCUGGCGCAGUAUAUGCCUGUCAGGCUACAUUCUUUGCAUGGUGCAACGAUGUCAUGCGGUACCAGGAUGGUCGGCUGCGCUCGGUGGUGAUUGCCAGUAUGAACCUGGGAAGUAAUGCAGUCAAUGCUUGGUGGAGCAUCCUGUUCUACUCUGCUACUUUUGCCCCGAGGUUUACCAAGGGUAUGUGGGCAAUGAUCGGAUGUUCCAUUGCUCUGAUUCUCUGGACGAGCGGCAUUAUAUAUAUGAGCAUAAGAGAGACACGUGAGGGGCUGGAUGGUGGUGUUGAACGGGCUGAAGAGGAAAUAGCAGAGGGGUCAAUUUACAAACCCAAAGACUAG